UUGAUUGUAUACACCUGUGUCCAUGGAGGGGAUUGGAACACCUGAAUCACAUGACUAGGAGGGGAUUGGAACAGAUGAAUCACAUGACUGGGAGGGGAUUGGAACACCUGAAUCACAUGACUGGGAGGGGAUUGGAACACCUGAAUCACAUGAUAUGGAGGGGAUUGGAACACCUGAAUCACAUGAUUGGGAGGGGAUUGGAACACCUGAAUCACAUGAUAUGGAGGGGAUUGGAACACCUGAAUCACAUGAUAUGGAGGGGAUUGGAACACCUGAAUCACAUGAUAUGGAGGGGAUUGGAACACCUGAAUCACAUGAUAUGGAGGGGAUCGGAACACCUGAAUCACAUGAUAUGGAGGACGGGGACAAUACUUUUGGCAAUAUAGUGUGUAUAUGAAA